GAUUAUAUGUUCGACUGCUAUCUUUCUUUUUUUGUCAACCAAAGAUCAUACCUUGUGAUCGUGAGAUAUAGUAAGGUCAUUAAAUGAUUUUGGUUUGUCUGGAUUUAUCACUUAUGGGUAUCGUAUGAAUGUGAUCUGCGUUUGCUGUGUGUACAUAUACUUAUAUAUUUAUGAGUCUUCACCACAAGUAAUGAAAUAUCGCUUCCAGCGUCUGUUCUGUCGGAAGACGCCUUUCCUUUUCUUGGUUGUGGUCUUAAUUUAUUUAAAGACCUUGUCUGUAUUACUUACAAAGCCUCCAGUUAAAGAAGAACAUCUCACUCAAUUUUUUUUCCAAAAAUUACCAGACUCACUACUGACGAAGGAGACUUUAAAUAAGGCAAGAGGGAAAGUCUUAAGCAUUAAAUAUAAGGUUAUAAAUUCCACAGCCUCUGGUAAAAUCGCUUUGAACUUGACGUUAAAUAUAGACAAAGCUUAUUAUCCGAAAUCGGUUCAACUAGUUACCACUCCAUCCCCGUAUUACGAGCAUCAUCCAAAAAGAUUUGCGUAUGUCAUUGGAAGGUAUUGGGAACAGAUGUCACAGAGCAUGCGCGCAUUUUUGUCCUUAGUCUUACAGGCCUCCGGUCGGAGUGUUGUCGCACCUAUGGUGAAGGAUUCUCGAUUUCAAGCGAAUGGCUUACCACUUGGGUACUAUUUUGAUAGGAAAUAUAUACGUGAUAUCUUGAAUUCAUAUGGAUAUAAUGAUCUGUCAGAUAAAGAUACAUUCCAAGUGGAAUGCUCUCCAAAUGAUCUCAACUACACCACGGUACAUUUUUUGUACGAACAAAAGAAAGCAGCGACCUAUACUAAAAAUCUUUUUCAACUUGACGACGCCACGUAUGCUAAAAUGAGCGUUGAUGCUGGUAGAACAGGCUGGACAAGUUGUCCUUUCAUACAACGUUUAACUAAACAAAAUCCAAACUCCAAGAUGUAUUGUGUCAACACCUCGAUAAUAACGGACUGGUCCGUAUUUGAAACUGAUGUCAUUAGAUCAGCAAAAUGUCUCAGUAUCGUUGUUUGGCGAGGAAUCGGCGACUCUUUUCGCUCUCGUUUCAAGGAAACUGGCUUUCGACUACGGUCUAGCAAUUUCUUUCACUCCUUAAAACCCAGCCCGUUGGUCAUUGAAACCGUGAAGAACUUUCGCCGUCUGUAUCUAGGAAGUAGAUAUCUUGCGGUGCAUAUACGUGGUGAGCACAUAGCAAUAGCGCAUGGUAUUGCCCCCUUGAAGCAAUGUAUUCAUUUCAUGGGGUAUGUUUUAAAGAGAAUGAAAAUUUACGAUAUCCAUAAAGUGUUCGUUGCAACUGACAUGUCAAAAUAUGGUUCGAAAUCAUGGAAAUCUGAUGUAAAACUUGAUGUUGUCACUGAAGAAACAUUAAAGGCGUUGCAGGAGCUAGCCUUAAAUACAACAAAUGGAAUCUCUUUUGACAUGUACGCUGAUAAAGAAGGGUCGGUGGAUCGUGGGCUCGUUGCCUUGAUUGAGGUGAAUUUAGUAGCGCAAGCCCAAGGACUACUUACGAUAGGUUAUUCUUCAUUUCAUCAUUGGUUAUCUACGAAGUUUUUGGACUUCCAUCGCAAUGAUCCAGAAAGAGAUUGGUCCUUUCUUAAGAUUUGCUUCAAUGACUAUUGAAAGUCCUGUACAAAGAGCUGCAUGGCACUUCAAAAACUCUGUUUAUGUCUUUUCACAUUUUACCAAGAAGUAAAAGAUAUAUUUAAUCUUUUCAUGUCUUUUGGAUCAGCUUUAUUCAUUUCAAUGUGUAUGAAGGCAGUCACCUGUCGGUGCCAAAACAUUUUCAGAAAGUUAGACGAGUGUGGUUAAUCUUAAUUCGCCUGUUAUAAAGCUGAUAUUUCGUCAAGCAAGUGCCAAUACCGAUAUGUUAAAACAAAUAAUCCAAAACUAUAGUUCUUCACUGUACAUGGCAAUAGGGAACAUUGUGGCAGACUUAGGGCCUGCUCUCUUAUGGGGUAAAUGCUCCAGUAGUUAUAUGUAUUUAAAAAAUGCAGUUCAUUAAUUUGACUUGUGUAGUUCAUUAAUUUCUAGUGACCUCUUACAGCCUUAGGCAAACAAUCUAUGUUCAUACUUCUCA